CGAUCAAUCCCAGAGAGAAGCUGAUACAGGAGUAAACCACUCCACGAGGAAGCCGAGAUUUUCGUUGGUCGUCGAGGAUUAUCGGCAAAUCAUUGUUGAUACGAAGUAUUCCCGAGAGACCACAAAGUAUAUUUCUGUUGUGCUGAUUGGCUCCGAAGUACAUUCUAUUGUUUCUACUUACUAUCUUUAUUUUCAGUGUUCUGUAGUGAUUCCGAGAUCUUUACUCACCAUUCACUUCUGAAAAUUACUUGGGGAUCAUUCCUGGGUGAUUUCCUGUCUGUGGAUCAUUUCGGCAACUGUUUUUUGGGGGUCAAUUUUUGAUAUGAUGGUUAGGGGCAUAUAAAGAGUUAUCUGGCGCAGAAAUACUUCUUCUCUUGCGAUAUGUUUCUCUUUUCGAUAUGUCCUGAAGGUCUAAGCAUGGCUCGACGGCUACCGUUUCUCAAUAAAAGUAUGUGCAAUAAAGGAAAGUUAUGCUCUGAGUUGGGUCGGGUCGUUCCGUCCGUCCGUCCGGCCCUCCCACUCAGAAACUACGGGUAAAUAACCUCAGGUGUAUCUCAUCACAUGGCAAUUUUCCAAUUGCCAUACGUUUCAAGUGUCAGUGCUCUUGGUUCGAUCUUGGUUGACAGCCAAUGUUUUACUUCUGCUCAGUAUUUUUUAUCCGAACUGACCGAAACGAAAUUUGACAUCCAAAUGAAAAUUUCAAGUGCUUACUACAGUGCUACUAGUAGGUUUUUCAUCACCGUAACUUAGUAAACUCUUCAUGUCUAAUAUAGAAAUUAUUGCAAACUGACAAGCGUAAUUAUUUCUUAAUCUUCUGCCCUGCUUUAUUGUAGUGAAUAUGAUAUACUGAUCGUAAUCAGGCGUGAAUUGAUCACUCGCAGAAUUAUUUCUCUUUCGAGCCAAGAAUAAUCUGAAGAGAAGGCUCGCAUAGGUUUCUGUUGAUCUGUUAGUCUGGUUUUUGGAAUCGAGUCUAGUUCGUUUGCUAGAUGUUUGCCACAAAUAAGAAGUACAUAAUCCUUGUUCAAGAUAACAAAAUGAUCCUUUCCUAGACAAUCUUCGUAGUUAAUGUGGCUAGUCGCGUUGGCGUGCUUGCAUGUCUUACGUAUGAAAGAAGGCUGGCAUUAGAGCUGUGACGUCACUAAGUAUCACAUACGUGAACACUGGAAAUGAAUAGAGUUCUUCACCUUAGGGUUAACUGAACAAAAUCGCCUUUGUCAAAAGUACUAUUACCAGUAGCAUCUGUCGUCUAGCGGUGAAUCUUGUCAGCUUAAGUGGGCUUAGGUACCCUGACGACGGAAUCAAAAUAAAUCAAACGGCGAAACCAUAAUCUGUCGAGCGAAACCGACUUUUGAUGGAUGAAACAAAGACUUGUGAGGAUCACAAGGCAAGGAGAAGGACAACGUCUGUGUUGCUGGAGGUUAAAGAAACGAAGAGAUGUUCAACGCUUGUGAAACCUCUAAUUCUUGCCAUCGCUCUGCUGAUCAUAUGUUGUCUUAUUCUACUGAAUCUCUACUUGAUUGAGCGAUCAAGACCCAAGGCAGCAGCUGCAGACAAACGAGUCGAAUCACCUUCACGGUCACCGGCACCAGAAAAAUAUUAUGGAGGAUCAUGCUGGACAGCAGAAUGCCUACAUGCCGCAUCAGAUCUGAUGAAUUCUGUGGACCCGUCAGUAGACCCAUGUGAGGAUUUUUAUCGAUUUGCGUGCGGAGGAUGGAUGAAGAAAUAUCCACGGCCACCUUCAUCAAAUAGAUGGGACCAGUUUGAAAAGCUUACCACUGAAAACAAUGAAGUGAUUGAAAUGCUCCUCAGGGACAAAGAACUGAAAGCUAUUUACUCCAAGGAAGAAGCAGUGUGGAAGGCCUUGGCUUAUUAUGAUUCUUGUAUGGACGUAGAUGAGAUCGAGAGACUUAAAGGCGAGCCUCUUAAGAAGCUUAUUAAGGAAUACGGAUCAUGGAGCAUCACGGAUAAAAACUGGGAGGAAAAAGACUGGGACUUUGUUAGCAAACUCGCAAGGAUCCACAAAGAUCUUGUCUCACCGAUUCUGUUUUCUAUGGCAGUUGUGAUUGAUAACAAAAACAGUUCACAGAAUGCCAUUACGUUUGGCGAAUCUUACACCUCACUGUCGCGAAGGGAGCUCCUCACAAACGACUCCGAGAGUCUGCGGGUCCGAGAAGCAUACAAAGGUCUGAUGAGAAACUUAACACGAAAACUUGGAGCAACAGAAGCUUCAGAAGUUCAACUGUUAGAAAUAUUUCAAUUCGAGAAAGAACUUGCAAAGAUAUCCACUCCACGAUUUAAAAUGCCAACGUUUGAACAGGCUUACAAGAAGCUCGCGCUGUCAGAGCUACAGAAUUACACAGGCAAUUUUGUCAACUGGACAAGAUACGUGGGGGUUAUGAUGAAGGAUAAUUCAUUUCAAGUUAACAGUCAAACAAAAGUUGUGGUAUACUCUUUGGAAUAUCUGAGAAGGCUGGUCAAACUACUAAGCAAAACACCUAAAAGAACUGUUGCUAAUUAUCUGAUGUGGAGAGUCGUCAAAUCAAAGUUCCUACAGCUCAGCAGUGAUUUUAUCGAAAUAUUUAAAUCUUAUUAUCUACAAGCGUUUAACUACUGGAGUGACUCGGACCAGCACCAGCUCUGUUUAAUGACAACUUCGCACAAGUUUGGAAUACCUCUUUCAAAAGUCUUUCUUGAUCAAAAAUUUUAUGGAGACAGCAAGAAAUUGGCAAUGGACAUUAUUGAAGAUAUUCGAGCUGCCUUUACCUCCAACAUUGGAGAAGUGAAAUGGAUGGACGAUGAGACCCGAGAGGCAGCCAGAAGAAAGGCGGAAGCUCUUAUUGAAAACGUAGGAUAUCCUGAUUACAUUGUGGACACUGAAUACAUGGCAAGAAAAUAUAAGGGGGUGAAGAUAGAUGCAAAAACAUAUUUCGACAAUGAUAUCGCAGUGUCAAAGAGCAUGAAUCUCGACAAGCUUGCAAAAGCUGGAACUGUUGUGGACAAGACUGAAUGGCCUUUCCCUCCAACAAUGCUGAACGCAUUUUAUGCAUACAAUGAAAAUAAAAUGGUCUUUCCUGCUGCCAUUUUGCAACCUCCAUUUUAUAAUCUGCAGUAUCCAAGAGCAAUGAAUUAUGGUGCUAUUGGAGGAGUGAUGGCACAUGAAAUAACUCACGGAUUUGAUGACACAGGGAAAUUAUACGACAGUGAAGGAAAUAGAAGAAAAUGGUGGAGUAACUCAACCCUGAAGAACUUUAAAGAAAGGUCCCGCUGUUUGGUUGAUCAGUACUCAAACUAUACAUUUCAUGGAUAUCAGGUAACACAACUUUUAUUCCUAUAUUUAAGUCCGGAGAGCCUGAGCAGUGGUGUAUUAUGCGCCCCCGCCAGCUGACCGUAACAUAGGCGACGGAGUAGAAGUGAAGGGGUGGUUUGUAAACUCCAAACGAAAACUGGAGGGAUAACACCCCCACUUUUCAGUGCCAAUAAUAUCGCUACCCCACCUUAAAAUGGGUUUGUUAAGAUCUUUAAGCUUUCAACAAAUCCGCUCUCUCAAAACGCUGGGAGUAGCCCACAAACUCGUAAGGUUGUAUUUGACAUUAACAGUGGCAUCGGCUACUGCGGGGCGUACUUUUUCUGUCCUCCGGUGACUCAAGAACUGCCCUAGAAGCACCAUGAAGCAGAAUCGUACUUGUCACUUGUGCAUUGUCACAAAUUGAUAACGGACACACUGGACACCGUUAAGAUUACGAAGAGGUUUGCUUGUAAAAAGAAGUAAUACCCAUGGGACAUUUUGGGAAUUUGAGUAGGGGUAUGCGCUUGAUUUUUCACUCAUGUUAGCAACCUCUGCAAGUCUGCAUCCUAUGUCCUUAAAGUAAUUCCACUUAAAAAGAAGGUAAUCUUGUUAUGUAUAUUAGAAAAAUGCAAGACUAAAUAGGGGUCACCGUUAUUGUUUUUGCACAACAUGGAUGGCCUUUAUAGCAACUUUGCGUCCGACGAGGUUUUAAUUACUUAACCUUAGUUAGCAGGAAGUGGCACUAGAAAUUCUAAGAAAAGCUCUUACUGGAUUAAUUUAUUAGAGAAGUUAAACAAACUAGACCCUGAACUUACAUUUUAAACCAUGUUGGUUAAACAGGAGUUACGAUUGUACUGCAAACUUAAGAAUUCUGUACGUGCGCACACACCCAGCACUAACUAAAAACGUGUUCUUUACACAAUACAGCAUUAAAAUCAAAAUAUUUUUUAAGCAGAAUUUAAAACCUUUCUUCAAAUCGAGAUAUAUUGUAGAUAACCUUGUGUUAUUUAAAUUCAUGCGUUAAAAAGUGGGGGUCGAGCAUUUAUUUCGCUGUCGAGCCUAGCUUGAGGGAAAUCUCUUGCUUUUUGUACGCGCACGCGCUCAUGUGCGUGUGCUAAUGACGCGAAAAUCGUGCGCAUUAGAGAUGCGCAAUGCAAUACAAAGGAAGCACCCUAAGCGUAUAUUGGGAUUAUUCGGCAGUAUCUCGUUCAAUCAAGUACGGAAAAAUUGAUACACGCCUUUGUAUCAUCGAAGUUGGACUAUUGGAAUAGUCUUUUGUACGGUCUCCCGGAUAAAGAGACCUCCAAACUCCAACUUAUUCAGAACUCAGCCCCCCGAUUCAUCACAAGAACAAGGAAAAUAGAAUACAUCACUCCAAUUCUCCGUAAGCUACACUGGCUGCCUGUGUAUAAACGUUUCGCCUUUAAGAUUCGUCUCAUUACCUACUGUUGCACUAUUUAUGUAACCGUAUUGUUACGAACGAGGUGGCCUCAACUAAAAGCCUGAUGGUUUCUAGAGGU